GGAGCCUCCCUGUGACCAUAGCGACGGCCCGGUGAGCUUGGGGGGGUGAUGUCGGACACAUGGAGUUCGAUCCAGGCUCACAAGAAGCAGCUGGACUCGCUGCGGGAGCGGCUGCAGCGAAGGCGGAAGCAGGAGCCGCUGGACCUCCGGAACCCAGAGUUGGCGCUCACCCCUCCCUUCCGCAGCGACAGCCCGGUGCCUUCCUCUGUCACACCCAGCUCCGCCACAGAGCCUGGGGACCUGGCAACAGACCCUGAACUGGAGAAGAAGCUCCUGCACCACCUGGCAGAUCUAGGACUGUCCCUGCCCACCGAUGCCUUGUCCAUCUGCCAGGCCAUCUCCACGCCAGAAGCCCCUGCCACCCAGCGGAGCGUGGAGAGCCUCUUGCAGAAGUUUGCAGCCCAGGAGCUGAUCGAAGUGAAGCGAGGUCUCCUCCUGGAGGAUGACCAACCCAUGCUGGUCACCUACGCCGACCAUUCCAAGCUUUCGGCCAUGAUGGGCGCCGUGGCAGAGAAGAAGGGAUCCGGGGAAGGCGUUGGGGCUGGAGGCGGGAAGAGGAGAGCCGAGCAGGACGCCGGGGUGGCGGCCUCUACCCCUGGAGCUUCUCCGUCGGCCUCGUCAUCUUCCGAGCCCCUCAAGGAGCCCCCCAAGAAGUCUCGCAAGCAGGCCUCCGACCUCGACCUGGAAAUUGAGAGCCUGUUGAGCCAGCAGUCGACAAAGGAACAGCAGAGUAAGAAGGUGAGCCAGGAGAUCCUGGAGCUGCUGAACACCACCACCGCCAAGGAGCAGUCCAUUGUGGAGAAGUUCCGCUCCCGGGGCCGGGCUCAGGUGCAGGAAUUCUGCGACUACGGGACCAAGGAGGAAUGCAUGAAGGCCAACGACACGGAACGGCCCUGCCGGAAGCUGCACUUCCGACGCAUCAUUAACAAGCACACGGACGAGUCGCUGGGGGACUGCUCCUUCCUCAACACCUGCUUCCACAUGGACACUUGCAAAUAUGUCCACUACGAGAUUGACGCCUGCGCGGAUUUUGACGCUCCCUGCGGGCGGGAACUGAGUUCGGGACAAGAGCUGGCCUUGCCUCAGGCGGUGGGGAGAGACCCCAGCGUCGAUCGCCUCUUCCCCCCACAGUGGAUUUGCUGUGACAUCCGUUACCUGGACGUCAGCAUCCUGGGCAAGUUUGCCGUGGUGAUGGCCGACCCGCCCUGGGACAUCCACAUGGAACUCCCUUAUGGGACACUGACGGACGAUGAGAUGAGGCGCCUCAACAUCCCCGUGUUACAGGACGAGGGGUUCCUGUUCUUAUGGGUCACUGGCCGGGCCAUGGAACUGGGCCGAGAGUGUCUGAAUCUGUGGGGGUACGAGCGGGUGGAUGAGAUCAUCUGGGUGAAAACCAACCAGCUCCAGCGCAUUAUCCGAACGGGGCGCACAGGCCACUGGCUGAACCAUGGCAAGGAGCACUGCCUGGUUGGCGUAAAGGGAAACCCCCAAGGCUUCAAUCGGGGUCUUGACUGCGAUGUCAUUGUGGCGGAGGUCCGUUCCACCAGCCACAAGCCGGACGAGAUUUACGGCAUGAUCGAACGGCUCUCUCCGGGAACCCGGAAGAUUGAGCUCUUCGGGCGGCCCCACAACGUUCAGCCGAACUGGAUUACCCUCGGCAAUCAGCUGGACGGAAUCCACUUGCUGGACCCAGAUGUGGUCGCCCAGUUCAAGCAGCGUUACCCAGAUGGAAUCAUCUCCAAGCCUAAAAACAUGUAGCUAGGGACAGACGCGGGGUGGAGCAAAACCCCACGGAAGGGAUCAAGGCCUGUUUCUUGCAUUGGCGACGAGAGAAGACGUCGGACGUGUAUUCCAAUCUUUAGGAUUUUUUAAAAAAUAAAAUGGAUUCUUUUCCGCAUAA